GAUGGCGGCCUGGAAGUGCGUCGCCCGAGGCCAGCCUCGGAAAUCUCGCGUUAGGCGAGGCCAACGGGUAGGUUAUCGCGAGAGGAUUCAUCAGUCCUAGCUAGGCGUCGUGUGAACAGCAGCUGGUACAGAAGGCGGAGGUGGAACCGAAGCGGAGCAGAAGAUGUCGGACAGCGAAGACAGCAACUUCUCCGAGGAGGAGGACAGUGAGCGCAGCAGUGACGGCGAGGAGGCCGAGGUAGAGGAAGAGCGGCGGAGUGCAGCAGGCAGUGAGAAGGAAGAGGAGCAGGAGGAGGAAGAGGAGGAAGAAGAGGAGGAGGAAUAUGAUGAAGAGGAGGAAGAAGAAGAUGAUGACCGUCCCCCCAAGAAACCCCGCCAUGGUGGCUUCAUUCUGGAUGAAGCUGAUGUUGACGACGAGUAUGAGGAUGAGGACCAGUGGGAGGACGGAGCUGAAGACAUCCUGGAGAAAGAAGAGAUUGAAGCCUCCAACAUUGAUAAUGUUGUCCUGGAUGAAGACCGUUCUGGAGCCCGCCGCCUACAAAACCUGUGGAGGGACCAGCGAGAAGAAGAACUGGGCGAGUAUUACAUGAAGAAAUACGCCAAGUCAUCUGUGGGAGAGACGGUGUAUGGAGGGUCUGAUGAGCUCUCAGAUGACAUCACCCAGCAGCAGCUGCUCCCAGGAGUCAAGGAUCCCAAUCUGUGGACAGUCAAAUGCAAGAUUGGAGAGGAGCGAGCCACAGCCAUCUCCCUGAUGCGCAAGUUCAUUGCCUACCAAUUCACAGACACGCCCCUGCAGAUCAAGUCAGUGGUGGCACCAGAGCACGUAAAGGGCUAUAUCUACGUGGAAGCCUACAAGCAGACCCAUGUGAAGCAGGCCAUCGAGGGUGUGGGCAACCUGAGGCUCGGCUACUGGAACCAACAGAUGGUGCCCAUUAAGGAGAUGACCGAUGUGCUCAAAGUGGUGAAGGAGGUGGCCAACCUGAAGCCGAAGUCCUGGGUCCGCCUCAAGCGAGGCAUCUAUAAGGAUGACAUUGCUCAGGUGGACUAUGUGGAGCCCAGCCAGAACACCAUCUCUUUGAAAAUGAUCCCACGCAUUGACUAUGACCGCAUCAAGGCCCGCAUGAGCUUGAAAGACUGGUUUGCCAAAAGGAAGAAGUUCAAGCGGCCUCCACAGAGGCUCUUUGAUGCUGAGAAGAUCAGGUCCCUGGGGGGUGACGUUGCCUCCGAUGGUGACUUCCUCAUCUUCGAGGGGAACCGGUACAGCCGAAAGGGGUUUCUGUUCAAAAGCUUCGCCAUGUCAGCUGUGAUCACAGAGGGUGUGAAGCCCACCCUGUCUGAGCUGGAGAAGUUCGAGGACCAGCCAGAGGGCAUCGACCUGGAGGUGGUGACAGAAAGCACAGGGAAGGAGCGGGAGCACAACUUCCAGCCCGGGGACAAUGUGGAGGUGUGUGAAGGCGAGCUCAUCAACCUGCAAGGCAAGGUCCUCAGCGUGGACGGCAACAAAAUCACCAUCAUGCCCAAGCACGAGGACCUCAAGGACAUGCUCGAGUUCCCUGCCCAGGAACUUCGGAAGUACUUCAAGAUGGGGGACCAUGUGAAGGUGAUCGCUGGCCGAUUUGAGGGCGACACAGGCCUCAUUGUGCGGGUGGAGGAGAACUUCAUCAUUCUCUUCUCUGACCUCACCAUGCAUGAGCUGAAGGUGCUCCCCCGGGACCUGCAGCUGUGCUCCGAGACAGCCUCAGGUGUGGACGUGGGGGGCCAGCAUGAAUGGGGUGAGCUGGUGCAACUGGACCCCCGGACCGUAGGUGUCAUCGUGCGACUAGAGCGGGAGACCUUUCAGGUGCUGAACAUGUAUGGGAAGGUGGUGACUGUCAGGCACCAGGCUGUGACUCAGAAGAAGGACAAACGCUUCGCUGUGGCCCUGGAUUCUGAACAGAACAACAUCCAUGUGAAAGACAUCGUCAAGGUCAUUGACGGACCCCACUCAGACCGAGAGGGCGAGAUCCGUCAUCUGUACCACAGCUUUGCCUUCCUCCAUUGCAAAAAGCUGGUGGAGAAUGGAGGCAUGUUUGUCUGCAAGACCCGCCACCUGGUGCUGGCUGGGGGUUUGAAGCCCCGAGAUGUGACCAACCUCACUGUGGGCGGCUUUGUCCCUAUGAGCCCCCGGAUCAGCAGUCCCAUGCACCCCAGUGCUGGAGGUCAACAUGGAGGCUUCGGUAGCCCAGGUGGAGGUGGUGGCGGCAUGAGCAGGGGCCGAGGGAGGAGAGACAAUGAGCUCAUUGGCCAGACAGUGCGCAUCUCCCAGGGACCCUACAAAGGUUACAUUGGUGUGGUGAAGGAUGCCACCGAGUCCACAGCCCGUGUGGAGCUGCACUCCACCUGCCAGACCAUCUCGGUGGAUCGCCAGCGUCUCACCACGGUCGGCUCUCGGCGUCCUGGUGGCAUGACCACAACUUACGGGAGGACGCCCAUGUACGGCUCCCAGACACCCAUGUAUGGCUCUGGCUCCCGCACACCCAUGUAUGGCUCGCAGACACCUCUCCAGGACGGCAGCCGCACUCCACAUUAUGGCUCACAGACACCCCUACAUGAUGGCAGCCGCACUCCUGCCCAGAGUGGGGCAUGGGACCCCAACAACCCCAACACACCAUCACGGGCUGAAGAAGAGUAUGAGUACGCCUUCGACGAUGAGCCUACUCCGUCUCCACAGGCCUAUGGGGGGACCCCCAACCCCCAAACACCUGGCUAUCCAGAUCCUUCCUCCCCCCAGGUCAACCCACAGUAUAACCCACAGACUCCAGGGACGCCAGCCAUGUACAACACAGACCAGUUCUCCCCCUAUGCCGCCCCCUCCCCUCAAGGCUCCUACCAGCCCAGCCCCAGUCCUCAGAGCUACCACCAGGUGGCACCAAGCCCAGCAGGCUACCAAAACACCCAUUCGCCAGCCAGCUACCACCCCACACCCUCGCCCAUGGCCUAUCAGGCAAGCCCCAGCCCUAGCCCAGUUGGCUAUAGUCCGAUGACACCUGGAGCUCCCUCCCCUGGUGGCUACAACCCGCACACACCUGGCUCAGGCAUUGAGCAGAACUCCAGCGACUGGGUAACCACUGACAUCCAGGUGAAGGUGCGGGACACCUACCUGGACACACAGGUGGUGGGUCAGACAGGAGUCAUCCGUAGUGUCACGGGAGGCAUGUGCUCUGUGUACCUGAAGGAUAGUGAGAAGGUCGUCAGCAUUUCCAGUGAGCACCUGGAACCCAUCACCCCCACCAAGAACAACAAGGUAAAGGUGAUCCUGGGUGAGGAUCGGGAGGCCACCGGAGUCCUGCUGAGCAUCGAUGGUGAGGAUGGCAUCGUCCGCAUGGACCUUGAUGAGCAGCUCAAGAUCCUCAACCUCCGCUUCCUGGGGAAGCUGCUGGAGGCCUAAGUCAGGAGGAGAAGUAGAAUUCAGAAGAUGACCUGGCAGAAGAAGAGGACCAGGACCCUCCUUCCUUCCCUGGCCCUUGAACCUGACACAGAAUCCUGGGCUUGGAGUAGGGCUACGCUGAUCAUUUUGGAGUUUCUUUAUCUUCUUUUCUGGGUUGCCACCUUCUUCCUCCCUGAUGCUCAUAGGAAUCAGAGUAGAAUCUAGGGAAGGAUCCCCCACUUCUAACACCCCGCUGCCCCCAGCUUGCUUUUGUGUUUAUGGUCUUUCAAUAAAAAGAAGACGUUUGGUCAGA